AUGAAUUGUGUCAAAUGUAACGAUAAAGGUACGCUUGCCGGUUUAGAUGUUACAAAAGUGUAUUGUAAAAAUUGCUUUAUAAAAAUGGUUAAACAGAAAUUCAGUUCCGCUAUUGGCAAACAUCGAUUUUAUAAGGUUUUUCCGAAAAAUGUUUUGCGAAAUUUGAUAAUUUUUUUUUUAUGGGAUGGUGCUCGUAAAGAAACUUUAAUCGUUUACGAUGGAAAUGCAGCAUCAGCAUUUCUUUUAUCAUUAAUUAAUGAGAAUCUUAAAGCUGAUACGCAUAAGAAGGCACAUCUUAUUCCAACGAUUAUGGUGCUUUUGACGGUAACUGAUUCUAAAAGCUUGAAUUCUGUUAUCGAUAGGAUAAAUCAUUUUAAAAAAAUAAUCGAUUGUCGAUGGAUCUUUUGCCAUAUUGCAUCAUUAUUUAGGCCCAUUACAAUAUUCAACGAAGAUGAUUGUUCAGUUUUUGGAGAAGAUUCGGUAAUGAAAUGGAAAGAACUUCUUGAUUCAUGUAGCUCAGAAAGUAUUCGUAUUGAGUUUUUGCGCAUGUGUCGUAUUUUACUCUGUAUUCGUGUGGCUGAUUGCCUCGGCAUCGACAAAGUAAUGUUGGCCGACUCUUCUGAUUUUGUUGUAAAUUGCACUCUCUCUUCUCUUGCAUUUGGAAGAGGUCCUGCAGUUCAUAAUACUGCGAAUAUUGUUGAUAAAAGUUUUACGGGUAUAUCAAUAAUACGUCCACUCAGAGAUAUUAGCAACAAAGAGAUAGCUUUAUUGAAUAGGUUUGAAAAAAAUGAUGAACUUUUAAUAAUAUUGAAUAACGAUGUCGGGAAAAAUAGUUUGCAAAGCUGUACGGACGAUUUCGUCCAAGAUCUCUGUCGUCAAGUUAUUUUUCGUUCAAACUUUCUAUCUGUAUUCAGAUUUUGUUAUGGUUGUUCGGCUGUUCUAAAGGGCGUAAAAAAUGUUGAGAUGCUCGAUGAAAUUUUUUGCUCAGUGAUUCAUUCGACCAAUUGCACAUUAGUUUUAAAGAUGGGUCGGGCUGUUGUGGGCGAUCGUCCUGAACUUUAUUCGUUACGUUUCUCUAGUUCGAGCUGA